AUGGACGUGGACGUGGACGUGGACGUGGACGUGGACAUGGUCGCAGACAUGGACGUGGAAGUGGACGUGGUCGUGGUCGUGAACAUGGACGUGGACGUGGACAUGGACGUGGACGUGGACGUGGACGUCGACGUGGACAUGGACAUGGACGUGGAUGUGGACGUGGACGUGGACGUGGACAUGGACGUGGACGUGGACAUGGACGUGGACGUGGACGUGGACGUAGACAUGGUCGUGGACAUGGACCUGGACGUGGACGUGGACGUGGACCUGCACGUGGACGUGGACGUGGACAUGGACGUGGACGUGGACGUGGACGUGGACGUCGACAUGGACGUGGACAUGGAUGUGGACGUGGACGUGGAUGUGGACGUGGACGUGGACGUGGACGUGGACAUGGACCUGGACGUGGACGUGGACGUGGACGUGGACAUGGACGUGGACGUGGACGUGGACAUGGACGUGGACGUGGACGUGGACAUCGACGUGGACGUGGACGUGGACGUGGACAUGGAUGUGGACGAGGACGUGGACGUGGAGGACUUGGACGUGGACAUGGACGUGGACGUGGACGUGGACAUGGACGUGGACGUGGACAUGGACGUGGACGUGGACGUGGAUGUGGACGUGGACGUGGAUGUGGACGUGGACGUGGACGUGGACGUGGACGUGGACAUGGACAUGGACGUGGACGUGGACGUGGACGUAGACGUGGACAUGGACAUGGACGUGGACGUGGACGUGGACGUCGACAUGGACAUGGACGUGGACAUGGACAUGGACAUGGACGUGGACAUGGACAUGGACAUAGACGUGGACAUGGACAUGGACAUGGACAUGGACAUGGACAUGGACGUGGACAUGGACAUGGACAUGGACAUGGACGUGGACGUAGACAUGGACAUGGACGACAUGGACAUGGAAGUGGAUGUCGACGUGGACGUGGACAUGGACGUGGCCCUGGACAUGGACAUAGACGUGGACGUGGACGUGGACGUGGUCGUGGACGUGGACGUGGACGUGGACAUGGACGUGGACGUGGACGUGGACAUGGACGUGGAAGUGGACGUGGACGUGGACAUGGACGUGGACGUGGACGUGGACGUGGACAUGGACGUGGACAUGGAAGUGGACGUGGACGUGGACGUGGAUAUGGACGUGGACGUGGACAUGGACGUGGACGUGGACGUGGACGUGGACCUGGACGUGGACAUGGACGUGGACGUGGACGUGGACGUGGACGUGGAAAUGGACGUGGACGUGGACAUGGACGUGGACGUGGACAUGGUCGUGGACUUGGACCUGGACGUGGACGUGGACAUGGACGUGGACAUGGUGAUGGACGUGGACGUGGACGUGGACGUGGAGGUGGACAUGGACGUGGACGUCGACGUGGACGUGGACGUGGACAUGGUCGUGGACAUGGACAUGGAAGUGGACGUGGUCGUGGUCGUGAACAUGGACGUGGAAGUGGACAUGGACGUGGACGUGGACGUGGACGUCGACGUGGACAUGGACGUGGACGUGGAUGUGGACGUGGACGUGGACGUGGACAUGGACAUAGACGUGGACAUGGACGUGGACGUGGACAUGGUCGUGGACAUGGACCUGGACAUGGACGUGGACGUGGACGUGGACAUGCACGUGGACGUGGACGUGGACAUGGACGUGGACGUGGACGUGGACGUCGACAUGGACGUGGACAUGGAUGAAGACGUGGACGUGGACGUGGACAUGGACGUGGACGUGGACGUGGACAUGGACCUGGACGUGGACGUGGACGUGGACAUGGACGUGGACGUGGACGUGGACAUGGACGUGGACGUGGACGUGGACAUCGACGUGGACGUGGACGUGGACGUGGACAUGGAUGUGGACGAGGACGUGGACGUGGAGGACUUGAACGUGGACAUGGACGUGGACGUGGACGUGGACGUGGACAUGGACCUGGACGUGGACGUAGACAUGGACGUGGACGUGGACGUGGACAUCAACGUGGACGUGGACGUGGACGUGGACAUGGAUGUGGACGAGGACGUGGACGUGGAGGACUUGGACGUGGACAUGGACGUGGACGUGGACGUGGACAUGGACGUGGACGUGGACAUGGACGUGGACGUGGAUAUGGACGUGGACGUGGACGUGGACGUGGACGUGGACAUGGACAUGGACGUGGACGUGGACGUGGACGUGGACGUGGACAUGGACAUGGACGUGGACGUGGACGUGGACGUCGACAUGGACAUGGACGUGGACAUGGACAUGGACAUGGACGUGGACAUGGACAUGGACAUAGACGUGGACAUGGACAUGGACAUGGACAUGGACAUGGACAUGGACGUGGACAUGGACAUGGACAUGGACGUGGACGUGGACAUGGACAUGGACGUGGACGUGGACAUGGACAUGGGCGUAGACGUGGACAUGGAGGUGGACGUGGACGUGGACGUGGACAUGGACGUGGACGUGGACAUGGUCGUAGACAUGGACCUGGACGUGGACGUGGACGUGGACGUAGACAUGGACGUGGACGUGGACGUGGACGUGGACCUGGACAUGGACGUGGACGUGGACGUCGACGUGGACGUGGACGUGGACGUGGACGUGGUCGUGGACAUGGACCUGGACGUGGACGUGGACAUGGACGUGGACAUGGUCGUGGACGUGGACGUAGACGUGGACGUGGACGUGGACAUGGUCGUGGACGUGGACGUGGAAGUGGACGUGGUCAUGGUCGUGGUCGUGGACAUGGACGUGGACGUGGACGUACACGUGGACGUGCACGUCGACGUGGACGUGGUCAUGGACGUGGACGUGGACGUGGACGUAGACGUGGUCGUGGACGUGGACGAGGACAUGGACAUGGACAUGGAAGUGGACGUCGACGUGGACGUGGACAUGGACGUGGACCUGGACAUGGACAUAGACGUGGACGUGGACGUGGACGUGGUCGUGGACGUGGACGUGGACGUGGACAUGGACGUGGACAUGGACGUGGACGUGGACAUGGACGUGGACGUGGACAUGGACAUGGACGUGGACGUGGACGUGGACGUGGACGUGGACAUGGACGUGGACAUGGAAGUGGACGUGGACGUGGACGUGGAUAUGGACGUGGACGUGGACGUGGACGUCGACGUGGACGUGAACAUGGAAGUGGACGUGGACGUGGACAUGGACGUGGACAUGGACAUGGACGUGGACGUGGACGUGGACAUGGUCGUGGACGUGGACCUGGACGUGGGCAUGGUCGUGGACGUGGACGUGGACGUGGACGUGGACAUGGACGUGGACGUGGACGUGGACGUGGACAUGGUCGUGGACGUGGAAGUAGACGUGGUCGUGGUCGUGGUCGUGGACAUGGACGUGGACGUGGACGAAGACGUGGACGUCGACGUCGACGUGGACGUGGUCGUGGACGUGGACGUAGACAUAGACGUGGACGUGGACGAGGACGUGGACGUGGACAUAGACGUGGACAUGGAAGUGGACGUGGACGUGGACGUGGACAUGGAUGUGGACAUGGACAUGGACGUGGAUGUGGACGUGGACGUCGAUAUGGUCGAAGACGUGGACGUGGACGUGGACAUGGACGUGGACGUGGACGUCGACGUGGACAUGGACGUGGACGUGGACGUGGACGUGGACGUGAACAUGGACGUGGACGUGGACAUGGACGUGGACAUGGACAUGGAUGUGGACGUGGACGUGGACGUGGACGUGGACAUGGACAUGGACAUGGACGUGGACGUGGUCGUGGACGUGGACGUGGACGUGGUCGUGGACGUGGACGUGGACGUGGACCUGGACGUGGACAUGGACGUGGACGUGGACGUGGAUGUGGACGUGGAAAUGGACGUGGACGUGGACAUGGACGUGGACGUGGACGUGGACAUGGUCGUAGACGUGGACCUGGACGUGGACGUGGACAUGGACGUGGACAUGGUCAUGGACGUGGACGUGGACGUGGACAUGGAUGUGGACGAGGACGUGGACGUGGAGGACUUGGACGUGGACAUGGACGUGGACGUGGACGUGGACGUGGACAUGGACGUGGACGUGGACAUGGACGUGGACGUGGACGUGGAUGUGGACGUGGAUGUGGAUGUGGACGUGGACGUGGACGUGGACGUGGACGUGGACAUGGACAUGGACGUGGACGUGGACGUGGACGUAAACGUAGACGUGGACAUGGACAUGGACGUGGACGUGGACGUCGACAUGGACAUGGACGUGGACAUGGACAUGGACAUGGACGUGGACAUGGACAUCGACAUAGACGUGGACAUGGACAUGGACAUGGACAUGGACAUGGACAUGGACAUGGACGUGGACAUGGACAUGGACAUGGACAUGGACGUGGACGUGGACGUGGACGUGGACAUGGACGUGGACGUGGACAUGGUCGUAGACAUGGACCUGGACGUGGACGUCGACGUGGACGUGGACAUGGACGUGGACGUGGACGUGGACGUGGACGUGGACCUGGACAUGGACGUGGACGUGGACGUGGACGUCGACGUGGACGUGGACGUGGACGUGGACGUGGACGUGGACAUGGACAUGGAAGUGGAUGUCGACGUGGACGUGGACAUGGACGUGGCCCUGGACAUGGACAUAGACGUGGACGUGGACGUGGACGUGGUCGUGGACGUGGACGUGGACGUGGACAUGGACGUGGACGUGGACGUGGACGUGGACAUGGACGUGGAAGUGGACGUGGACGUGGACAUGGACGUGGACGUGGACGUGGACGUGGACAUGGACGUGGACAUGGAAGUGGACGUGGACGUGGACGUGGAUAUGGACGUGGACGUGGACAUGGACGUGGACGUGGACGUGGACGUGGACCUGGACGUGGACAUGGACGUGGACGUGGACGUGGACGUGGACGUGGAAAUGGACGUGGACGUGGACAUGGACGUGGACGUGGACAUGGUCGUGGACUUGGACCUGGACGUGGACGUGGACAUGGACGUGGACAUGGUGAUGGACGUGGACGUGGACGUGGACGUGGAGGUGGACAUGGACGUGGACGUGGACGUGGACGUGGACGUGGACGUGGACAUGGUCGUGGACAUGGACGUGGAAGUGGACGUGGUCGUGGUCGUGAACAUGGACGUGGAAGUGGACAUGGACGUGGACGUGGACGUGGACGUGGACGUCGACGUGGACAUGGACGUGGACGUGGAUGUGGACGUGGACGUGGACAUGGACGUGGACGUGGACAUGGACGUGGACGUGGACGUGGACAUGGUCGUGGACAUGGACGUGGAAGUGGACGUGGUCGUGGUCGUGAACAUGGACGUGGAAGUGGACAUGGACGUGGACGUGGACGUGGACGUGGACGUCGACGUGGACAUGGACGUGGACGUGGAUGUGGACGUGGACGUGGACAUGGACGUGGACGUGGACAUGGACGUGGACGUGGACGUGGACAUGCACGUGGACGUGGACGUGGACAUGGACGUGGACGUGGACGUGGACGUCGACAUGGACGUGGACAUGGAUGUGGACGUGGACGUGGACGUGGACAUGGACGUGGACGUGGACGUGGACAUGGACCUGGACGUGGACGUGGACGUGGACGUGGACAUGGACGUGGACGUGGACGUGGACAUGGACGUGGAUGUGGACGUGGACAUCGACGUGGACGUGGACGUGGACGUGGACAUGGAUGUGGACGAGGACGUGGACGUGGAGGACUUGGACGUGGACAUGGACGUGGACGUGGACGUGGACGUGGACAUGGACCUGGACGUGGACGUGGACAUGGACGUGGACGUGGACGUGGACAUCGACGUGGACGUGGACGUGGACGUGGACAUGGAUGUGGACGAGGACGUGGACGUGGAGGACUUGGACGUGGACAUGGACGUGGACGUGGACGUGGACGUGGACAUGGACGUGGACGUGGACAUGGACGUGGACGUGGAUGUGGACGUGGACGUGGACGUGGACGUGGACGUGGACAUGGACAUGGACGUGGACGUGGACGUGGACGUGGACGUGGACGUGGACGUGGACGUGGACAUGGACAUGGACGUGGACGUGGACGUGGACGUCGACAUGGACAUGGACGUGGACAUGGACAUGGACAUGGACGUGGACAUGAACAUGGACAUAGACGUGGACAUGGACAUGGACAUGGACAUGGACAUGGACAUGGACAUGGACGUGGACAUGGACAUGGACAUGGACAUGGACGUGGACGUGGACAUGGACAUGGACGUGGACGUGGACAUGGACAUGGGCGUAGAGGUGGACAUGGACGUGGACGUGGACAUGGUCGUAGACAUGGACCUGGACGUGGACGUGGACGUGGACGUAGACAUGGACGUGGACGUGGACGUGGACGUGGACGUGGACCUGGACAUGGACGUGGACGUGGACGUCGACGUGGACGUGGACGUGGACGUGGACGUGGACGUGGUCGUGGACAUGGACCUGGACGUGGACGUGGACAUGGACGUGGACAUGGUCGUAGACGUGGACGUAGACGUGGACGUGGACGUGGACAUGGUCGUGGACGUGGACGUGGAAGUGGACGUGGUCGUGGUCGUGGUCGUGGACAUGGACGUGGACGUGGACGUACACGUGGACGUGCACGUCGACGUGGACGUGGUCAUGGACGUGGACGUGGACGUGGACGUAGACGUGGUCGUGGACGUGGACGAGGACAUGGACAUGGACAUGGAAGUGGACGUCGACGUGGACGUGGACAUGGACGUGGACCUGGACAUGGACAUAGACGUGGACGUGGACGUGGACGUGGUCGUGGACGUGGACGUGGACAUGGACGUGGACAUGGACGUGGACGUGGACAUGGACGUGGACGUGGACGUGGACAUGGACGUGGACGUGGACGUGGACGUGGACGUGGACAUGGACGUGGACAUGGAAGUGGACGUGGACGUGGACGUGGAUAUGGACGUGGACGUGGACGUGGACGUCGACGUGGACGUGAACAUGGAAGUGGACGUGGACGUGGACAUGGACGUGGACAUGGACAUGGACGUGGACGUGGACGUGGACGUGGACAUGGUCGUGGACGUGGACCUGGACGUGGACAUGGUCGUGGACGUGGACGUGGACGUGGACAUGGACGUGGACGUGGACGUGGACGUGGACAUGGUCGUGGACGUGGAAGUAGACGUGGUCGUGGUCGUGGUCGUGGACAUGGACGUGGACGUGGACGAAGACGUGGACGUCGACGUCGACGUGGACGUGGUCGUGGACGUGGACGUAGACAUAGACGUGGACGUGGACGAGGACGUGGACGUGGACAUAGACGUGGACAUGGAAGUGGACGUGGACGUGGACGUGGACAUGGAUGUGGACAUGGACAUGGACGUGGAUGUGGACGUGGACGUCGAUAUGGUCGAAGACGUGGACGUGGACGUGGACAUGGACGUGGACGUGGACGUCGACGUGGACAUGGACGUGGACGUGGACGUGGACGUGGACGUGGACGUGAACAUGGACGUGGACGUGGACGUGGACAUGGACGUGGACAUGGACAUGGAUGUGGACGUGGACGUGGACGUGGACGUGGACAUGGACAUGGACAUGGACGUGGACGUGGUCGUGGACGUGGACGUGGACGUGGUCGUGGACGUGGACGUGGACGUGGACGUGGACCUGGACGUGGACAUGGACGUGGACGUGGACGUGGACGUGGACGUGGAAAUGGACGUGGACGUGGACAUGGACGUGGACGUGGACAUGGUCGUGGACGUGGACCUGGACGUGGACGUGGACAUGGACGUGGACAUGGUCAUGGACGUGGACGUGGACGUGGACAUGGAUGUGGACGAGGACGUGGACGUGGAGGACUUGGACGUGGACAUGGACGUGGACGUGGACGUGGACAUGGACGUGGACGUGGACAUGGACGUGGACGUGGACGUGGAUGUGGACGUGGACGUGGAUGUGGACGUGGACGUGGACGUGGACGUGGACGUGGACAUGGACAUGGACGUGGACGUGGACGUGGACGUGGACGUAGACGUGGACAUGGACAUGGACGUGGACGUGGACGUGGACGUCGACAUGGACAUGGACGUGGACAUGGACAUGGACAUGGACGUGGACAUGGACAUGGACAUAGACGUGGACAUGGACAUGGACAUGGACAUGGACAUGGACGUGGACAUGGACAUGGACAUGGACAUGGACGUGGACGUGGACGUGGACGUGGACAUGGACGUGGACGUGGACAUAGUCGUAGACAUGGACCUGGACGUGGACGUGGACGUGGACGUGGACAUGGACAUGGACGUGGACGUGGACGUGGACGUGGACCUGGACAUGGACGUGGACGUGGACGUGGACGUCGACGUGGACGUGGACGUGGACGUGGACGUGGUCUUGAACAUGGACCUGGACGUGGACGUGGACAUGGAUGGGACAUGGUUGUGGACGUGGACGUAG